GUUAAGACACUCAAAGGUGAAGAGCUGAGGCCGGAGCAAUGGUAUAUAACCCAGUCCAUACGCCCUUUGAUGAUCAUCAUCCAGCUUCCACUCUUGGCCUCAUCUACUACAUCAGCUUUGUACUCAGCACUCUCCGAAGAUCAUCUUCCGAUUCAUCAACAUGAAGUGGCUCCUUGCUCUCCUCCCUCUUGCGGCUGCGGCUCCCGCGCUUCCUAACAUCGAGCUUGGUGAUGCCCCACCACCUGGCCAGGUCAAGAUUCGUGGUGUUAGCUAUGGAGGAACCGGUUGCCCUCAAGGCACCAUGAGCUCCCAGAUCAAUGCCGACAGGACCAUCAUGACUUUGAUCUUCGACUCGUACAUUGCAUCUAUCGGCCCUGGUAUCGCUGUCACAGAGCAGCGCAAGAACUGCCAGCUGAACGUUGACAUCCAAUACCCAGGAGGCUUCCAGUACUCCAUUUUGUCUGCCGACUACCGUGGCUACUCUGCCAUCCAAAAGGGCGUUUCUGGUACGCUCAAGUCGACCUACUACUUCUCUGGCCAGACCGAACAGACAUCCACCGAGUACAAGUUUGAUGGUCCUACCAACGGCGACUACCUCAAGCACGACGAAGCAGACAGCACCUCGGUCGUGUGGGCGCCAUGCGGCACCAACGGCAUGCUCAACAUCAACUCGCAGGUCCGCCUGACCACCACCAACUCCAGCGCCACUGGUCUCCUCACCACCGACUCAACCGAUCUCAAGUUUACCCAAGUUGUGUACGUCCAGUGGCAGAAGUGCACAGCGCCAAAGCAGUAGAUGACUGAUUGCGGUUGAUUGUAGGCCGCGACAUUGGAUUAGCUGGCUCAGUGUGAACGGCCCGUGGGUGAUUGACGUUGAUG